CCCCAUCCACAUCCCACCAUGGCCGGCCCUCCCACAGCCUUCUCAAACGCCCACAGGCUUUACGUCAAGUCGCUCUACAAGCGAUAUCUCGUCAACUCGUUGAAUUGGUAUAUCAGGAGAGAUCUGUGGAGAGAAAGGGCCAUUGAGAUCAGGGCCGAGUUUGAGAGGAACAGGAACAUCACCGACCCUCGAGCCCUUGCCAUCGUCCUUGAACAAGCAGAGGCCAGACUUGAGAAGGAGAUCCAUCCCGACCCAUACAGACCACCUUUGUUCCCCGAUGGUACGAAAUGGGAACGAAACAUUCCCCCUCGCAUGUUCACCGCUCAAGAGAAGGCGGAUGCUCUGGCGGCUUACAACGCCCCCCACUAGGCAUGUGUAUGAGCAGGAUUGUACGGUAUAUGCAUCGAUGGAACUUUGGAAACACCACAAGCGAGCAACAGACGACGGCACUCCUUGG